AUGGAAAUAGAACAGAAAAGCCAUGAAGACAUCCUCCACGCUAGCAACAGUAAUACUGUUAUGGAGUCUCUCAGAACACCGAAAAUGAAGAGACUGAUCAUGCUCUCUCUCAACAUCCUUCUCCUCCUCAUUGGCGGCACCGGGAGCCCCCUUAUACUUCGAGUCUAUUUCCUCCAUGGCGGCGACCGCAAGUGGUUCUCCGGCUUCCUUCAAACUGCUGGCUUCCCUUUCCUCCUCUUCCCCAUGCUCUUCUCCUUCCUCCGCCGUCGCCGCACAAGCUCCGGCGGCCUCUUCUUGCUCACACCUCCCCUCUUCCUCUACUGCGCCAUCCUUGGGCUCAUCACAGGUAUUGAUGACUACCUCUACUCCUAUGGUCUCUCCUUUCUUCCGGUCUCCACCGCUUCCCUCCUUAUCUCGAUGCAGCUCGGCUUCACUGCAAUAUUCGCCUUUUUCAUUGUGAAGCAAAAAUUCAAUUCUUUUACAGUAAAUGCAGUGGUUCUGCUGACAUUUGGUGCAGUAGUGCUUGGCGUGCACGCAAAUGGUGAUCGACCCGAUGGGGAAUCAAAGGCCAAGUACUAUCUUGGAUUUGUAUUAACACUCGCAGCUGCAGUUAUAUAUGCGAUAGUGUUGCCGCUUGUAGAACUACUCUACAAGCAUGCAAAGCAGGAGGUGACAUAUGCACUGGUUAUAGAGAUGCAGUUUGUCAUUGGGCUUUUUGCCACAGUUGUUUGUGCUAUCGGAAUGGUGGUUAACAAGGAUUUUCAAGCAAUAUCAAGAGAGGGGAAGCAUUAUGGGCUUGGUGAGGUAGAAUACUAUCUUGUGGUUUUCUUUACGACCAUUAUAGCUCAAUUCUGCCUUGUGGGCUUAGUGGGAACAAUUAAAUACUCAUCAGCUUUGCUCAGCGGUGUCAUUCUUGCCGUUUGUAUCCCUAUUACAGAGGUUCUCGCAGUCUUCUUUUUCCACGAGAAGUUUGAUGGAGAGAAAGGAGUUGCCCUUGCACUUUCUCUUUGGGGCACUUCUUCCUACUUUUAUGGAGAGUAUAAAGAACAUAAGAAGAGCAAAGUUAUUGCAAAAGAGUCUCAGCUUCUUCCUCUUUCAUUCGUUUCAAAUAGUACUGAAUAA